AUGAUCCAACCUACAUCUCCAACACCAAAUCACCUCAAAAACUUUAAUCAUUGUCUCUUGGAUCAGCUCAUUCCAGCUCCCUAUGCACCUAUUAUACUCUUCUAUCCCAAUCUUGGCGAUAUUAAAGUUCACGAAAAAUCAGCAUUGUUAAAGAAAUCACUAGUUGAUACUUUGUCUCGCUUUUAUCCACUAGCAGGGAGGUUUAAAGAUGAACUCUCCAUCGAUUGCAACGAUCAAGGAGUUAAUUAUGUUACAACUAAGGUUAAUUGCCAUCUAAUCGCGUUUCUAAACGAACCAAACCUCGAAUCAAUUGGUCAAUUUCUUCCUUGUCAACCUCCUUUUAAGGUAUUAGCUGCAGGGGAUUAUGUAACUAACAUUCAAAUUAAUGUUUAUGAAUGUGGUGGAAUUGCAAUUGGUUUAUGUAUAGCACAUAAGAUUCUUGAUGGAGUAGGGCUAAGUACAUUUCUCAAAUAUUGGGCUGGAUUAGCCUGCAGUUCAAAUGAAGUACAAUGUCCUAAUUUAAUGGCUAAUUAUAUUUUUCCAGCUGAGGAUUUGUGGUUAAGAGAUACAUCUAUGACCAUGUGGAGUUCACUGUUCAAGAAAGGUAAUUUUGUUACAAGAAGAUUUGUUUUUAAUGCCUCUGCUAUAAACAACCUUAAAACUAUGUCAACUAGCUCACAUAUAAAACAUCCUACUAAAGUUGAGGUUGUCUCAUCUUUUAUAUGGAAAUGUUCAAUAGCUGCAUCCAAACAGAAAAAUUGUUUGAAUUCGCUAUUAACACACAUUGUGAACUUGAGAAAAAGAGCAGCACCAUCUUUGCCUGAAAACAUUCAUGGAAAUCUUCUUUGGCUAUCAAGUGCAAAGAAUACUGCUAAACAUGAAAUGGGGUUGCCUGAUUUGGUGAAUCAAGUACGAAAAUCUAUAUCGAGGAUCGAUGAUCAUUAUAUCAAAAGGCUGAGAAGUGAUGAAGGUUUUAAUUUGAUGAGAAAAUCUCUUUAG